AUGUACAGCCUCGGAAGACAUGUGCUAGAGUCCAAGAACCAGAGCGCUCUAGUGAUCCCGGCUGUCUUCCUGCACCAAGAACUCCCCAUUCGGCUGUCACACGCACUCAAGCUGCUCAACUCGACGCUGCUGCCGGUCAACAUGACGGACAUGCCGACCUUCCAACAGGUCGCCCGAUCUUACGUCGAAGACAUCAGUUUGGUAACACAGAUGCCAAAGCCAUCCACACCCAAGCUGGAAGAAGAAUUCACGGCCCUGCUCAGAAACCUGGAACAACGACAUAAGGUAAAGAUGCUAGCCAUCAGUCAAGGCUUCAGGGAGCUGGUCGCUACUGUCCAAGGCCAAUAUGACGCCAAACAGGACCAAGUUCUCUCUGGCGGCAGUAGUACGAAAGAUGGCAAUAACGAUCGAUGCAUUGAUCCAGAGACCGACAAAGCCAUACAAUCCUUCUUUAACCGGUUCUAUACUAUCAACCUUGGUACUCGGCUCUUGAUUGGAGAGCAUCUGGCACUGCAUGACAGAGGCAUGAACCUAAUCCAACGCGUGAAUCCCCUCUCGAUCUCCAAGCAAGCCAUCCGUGACGCCCAGCGAGUCUGUGCAGCUCACUAUGGUCAGUCAGCACCCUCGGUCAUGAUCCAGACACCCAACCCUGACAUCUCGGCCACCUAUAUCGACGAGUUCUUGCAUAGGAAUAUUUAUGAGUUGCUCAAGAACUCUAUGCGUGCGACAUGUGAUGCCCACCUUCGUGAUGGGUCUCCCGUGACCAUUGGGUUGUCGACGGAGAGAAAGGGAGGAGCGGCUGCUCGGUCUGCAAUGCCGCCGGUGACGCUGACGCUUGUUGAUGGCGGUGAGGAUGUGACGAUCAAGAUUACGGACCAAGGAGGCGGACUGGCCUUGUCGGACAUGGAAAACAUCUGGAGCUAUGUCAACUCUGUUAAGUCUCGACCAUCUCAUCCUUCUCAAGAUGUCGCCAGCUCAACCAUGUUUGCCACCGCCGCCGACUCGUUGGCCACAAUGGGCGGUGUUGUCAGUGAGGCCAAAGACUACUUGGACUCGCCUCUCCACGGAUCGGGACACGGCCUGCCGCUCGCUCGCGUGAUCGCUCGGUACUUUGGCGGUGACCUGUCGCUCAUCUCGAUGGAAGGGUAUGGUACAGAUUCAUACCUCUCCCUCUACCGUAACGAUGAUCACCUCGAAAAUUUCCCUGAAGUUGAUGAAGAGAUGGAGGCCGAGGUUGACGUCUUUGUGAACGAGUUGAUGGAUGAGUGCAAUGUCGAUCCUCACUUGUUGCCCCAGCUCAAGACGGGUCCACUUGCUGCCUCCGCUGCGGUAUCUGCGAAUCCAGAGAUUCUGUCGCCUGUACAUCCAGUUCCUGCGGGUAUGGCUCUUGGAUUGCGACAAGCUUCAGCUGUGGCGACUGCCAUGUUGCCAUCAACUCGCAUUGACAGCCCUCCUACCUCUCCCACCACUGAGACUCCCAGGCUCUGA